UGGCCCCAAGUGCGUGGCCCCAAGGUGGGCGUGGCCACGGCCCUGGGGAUCAGGGCGAGAGCAGCAUGGACUCACCGCUGCCGCCGCGGGAGGCGGCGAGGUUCGUGGCAGAGAACAGUCGCGACGUGCUCGUGGACCUCGAGGGUGUGCGCAGGACGGCCGAGCUGCUGCUGCCCGCGGCCUCCGCGUGGCGCCUGGAGCAGUGGAAGGCCCUGCACGAGCUCAACCCGCGCGGGGCCGACGAGGCUGCGCUCAACUGGGUGUUCGUGGUGGACACGCUCAACUUCUCCUUCUGGGCGGAGCAGGAGGAGCACAAGUGUGAGGUGCAGUACGGCGGGAGAGCAUACACCGGCUUCUGGGCCCUGUGCGCCUCGGUGAACCGAGCGCUCGACCAAGGGAUACCAAUAACUAGUGCCUCCUACUACGCUACGGUGACUCUUGAUGAAGUUCGGAAUCUAUUUCGUUCAGACACAGCCGUGCCCAUGCCUUUAAUAGAAGAGAGGCAUCAGAUUCUCAAUGAGACUGGGAAAAUUCUGCUGGACAAGUUUGGAGGCUCUUUUCUUAAUUGUGUCCAAAAAAGUGAAAAAAGUGCACAGAAGUUAAUGCACCUGGUUGUUGAAAAUUUUCCUUCUUAUAGAGAUGUGGCACAGUUUGAGGGGAAAAGGAUUGCCUUUUACAAACGAGCGCAGAUCCUUGUGGCAGACACAUGGAGUGUGUUGGAAGGAAAGGGAGAUGGCUGCUUUGAGGACAUCUCCAGCAUCACCAUGUUUGCUGAUUACAGACUGCCACAGAUUCUCCUUUACUUUGGAGCUCUGAAAUACUCGGAUGAAUUACUGAAGAAGCUUCUCAGAGGAGAAAUGCUCUCAAAUGGAGAUAAACAAGAGGUAGAAAUUAGAGGUUGCUCAAUUUGGUGUGUCGAGCUGAUCCGGGAUUAUCUUCUGGAGCUUUUUGAAAAAAGGGGUGAGAAACCUCAGGGCGAGAUCAACUCUGUUCUUCUGGAUUUUCACUUGUGGGACUAUGCCCGCGACCAUAGGGAUGACAUGAGAGGAAUUCCGUUUCAUCGCACACGCUGCAUUUAUUACUGACACUGAAUGUUGUGGUGGUAUUGUUCCCCAAAAUAUUGUGCACCCUAAUAAACUUAUCU